UUAUAGGUGUCAUUUCUGUUUUAUAUAUUGAAGAAUUUAUUCUUUUACAUACCUAGAAAAUCUAUUUCGUCAUUAAUGUAGACAACUUAUUAUUUGUUCAUAUAGUAGCUAUUUUUGUUUUUCUCGUGUUAAUUUUAUGCAUAUCUAAUAAGGUUGAGGAAUAAAAUUCAGUCUAAUUUUUUAUUUCACCCUAAAUCAGUAUUUUAUAUUGUUGGUUAAAUAUGAUUCAUUGUUAACGUAGUAAUCUAAGGUAGUGGUAGAUCCUUUUAAAUACACGGGCAAAGGUAAACGUUUUUUUUUUUUGCUUUAUCAUAUCACACAUUUAUACUAAUAUUUUUUUACAACUCAAUAAUUUCGGAAAUUAAACCUAUAUAUCAAUUUAUUUGUGUUUAAAAUAUUGAAAAAUAGUUUGGCUUUAAUUCUAAAUUGGGGUAAAUGUUUUUUAGUUCUGAAACGGCAACCGCAGUUAUUUAAUUUCGUUAGUUUAGUUGUAAGUUAUAGUUUAAGUCAUUUAUUGACGUCUUUUCAGGCAACUAUUGUAGUAUUUGUUCGAAGUGCCACCACCAUGAGGAGUAUAUAUUGUAUCUAUACAACUAGUUUCUAAGACAACUAUAUUUAGAUUUUUGUUAUUUAUUUAUUAGUUUUCUGUAGUAAUAUUUAACUAAUAAAUUAACAUUUAUCAGUUUUUGUAAAAAAUAAAAUGAAAUCCUCGAAGAAAAAAGCAAAAGAAACAGCAAAAGUUGUACUGUCUGAUCUGGUUAAACCAGCCGAUCAGUUAAUUCUAAGUCAAGAAGACUUAGAUGAAGUUUAUGCCAAUGGACUUUUUGUUAAAGAACCACCCACACCUCACGCUAAAGUAAUUUAUAGCAAUAAACAUAAGGUAUUUUUUCCAAAAAAAGAAAUCACUAAUAGUAUAAAACUCUUCGAGUUGAAAACUACAUUAUUCCAUUGUGAAUCAGAGAAUGCCAUAAUGCAAAUUGAAAAUGAACUAUGUAGAAGAGCUGAAAAUUUAGCCUUAGAAGAAAAUGAAACAGAAGGUGAAAAUAUGAUAGAAGAAGUAGUAGAAGAACAAUAUAUUAAUCCGUUAGUAUUAAACGAAAAUAAUGAAGAAUCACAGUCAACUGAAGACGUUAAUGAAGAGUUCAUGGAUGAAAACAUGGAAAUGGGAGAAGAAGGUGAAGAAGAGGGCUUAUCGAUAGAUCUUAAGGAUGAACCUGUAGAAGAAAAAGAAUCACAUAAAGUAAAAAAAAAAGUAUCUGAAGAGUCCUUUUUAAGUUUGCCAGUGACAAAAUAUUGUAGUGUGGUAAAACUUAAAAACCAAUUCAAUUUUUUUGACAGAGUUUCACAAACUAAAAAAAUUCUUAUGAGGAAUAAAGAAACUCAAACCCCUAUAACCAAAAAAUUUGAGUUUGCUGCGUUUGUAUCAUUAUCUGAUAUUUAUGACACUUACGAAAUCGAUUAUGCGAUACAAAAGGAAGGAAAAGACAAAGAACUAAGAGAGAAAUUGGCCGCACAUAUGGGAAAGAAAAAAAUUAAACCUCGUAAAAAAAUGCGCAUUGAACACAAUGAAAUUGAACAUGAAUUGUUGAAGGUAUCUAAGAUUGUUGAAAAAAUCAUCAGUUUAAAUGAUACGGAUGCAAUAGCACAAGAUUUUCGAUAUUAUGAGGAUCCAUCAGAUCAAUUUAGGGACAGAGGAGAAGGGACUUUAAUGUUAAUGUGGACGAUGGUAUAUGAAAAAGAAAAAAAAUUAAUUGUUACUGAUAUAGCCUGGAGUCCUGAUUAUUUUGAUAUGUUUGGUAUAACGCUUAGCAUUCCACAGAGUGACUUACCAUUUACCGACAAUCCAGACAUUGGUAACGUAUGCUUGUGGGUUUUGAAGAAUUCGUCGUACCCAGAUUAUGUGGCUCAUACACAAUCCGGAGCCAUGUGUUUGAGUUUUCAUCAAGAUUAUGGUAACAUCCUUGCCGUUGGUUUGCGUGACGGAAAUGUGGCUGUAUACAACGUGAGCUUACUGAAAAACGAACCAGAAUACUCGACAAACUUAACGCGUACCAAAAUCAUGGCUAGCGUAAUGCAGGUAGUCUGGUGUAAAAAUUUACCUACCGGCGAGUUAAACUUCUUCUCUGUAUCCGAGGAUGGUAUGGUCUGCCAAUGGUUAUUGAUGCAAAAUGAAUUAAAGAAAAUCAUUAAAAUAUCUCUGGUCAUAGAUAUGUAUCCAGAAAUCGAGCUUGGCGGUAUCAAACAACCUUACUAUGCCAGGGGCACGACAAUUACGUUUAAUCCCGCAAAUCCCCAAUUAUUUUUGGUUGGAACGGUUGAAGGUUAUAUAUUUAAAUGUAGUACGGGAUGGACUAAUUAUGUUCAGAGAUUUAAAGCUCACGAAAUGCCGGUAAACCGAAUCGAUUUCAACAAAUUUGAUUCAAAUAUAUACCUUACGUGUAGUGAAGACUUCGUAGUUAAAUUGUGGGAAGACAAAUCCGAAGCUCCGUUGAUAAUCUUUGAUCUACAAACGGGUUUGACAGACUUGCGUUGGUCACCGUUCUCUAGUUCAGUAUUCGGUGUUACUACUGUGGACUGUCGUGUCAUUUUUUACGAUUUGGACAUAAGCACUAAAAAAUCCGUUUGUGAUCAGCUCAUUCAUCCCACAGAACAAUAUCGACUGGUUCGAUUAGCUUUUGACAAACGAGUACCUAUGAUUGUGGUUGGAAGUUCAAUGUGUACUAUUGUUACGUAUAAAUUGUCACCAAACCUUCGUACAAUUAUGAAAUCUCCAAAGAAAGGAGUUCAAAUUCCUACAGAAACAUUGGAGUUCGAAAAAUUACAUGCAGUGUUGAAUACUAUCAGAGAAUAAACCAUUCAAUCUAUUUUUGUUUGGUUUUUCUUUUACGAUUACAAUAAUUAUUUAAUAUA